AUGAAAUUUGAACCUGGAUCUGUGAGGACCUCAUGGGUCAUGAGGCUAUUUGGCUUUCUAUUCAGGAGAAUGGCAGACAGAAAAGUCCAGUUUAUGUUGAUGCUGCUGCUUCUGAAAAUUAUAAUGUAGAAGGUCAUUAUGCUGCACAGGAAAUGGCUCCAUUGACAGGAGGAUCAUCAUCAUCUCCUUCUGGAGGUCUAGCUUGUGCAAUUGCUGCCCUUGCUGAGCGCCAGCAGAUGGGUGGGGAAUCUUUUGUUCAUAAUAAUAAUGGAAAUGUUUCAGCAAGUAACAUGCUUCCAGGAAGUAGUACAUUUUAUAGCAGGCUAGAUCAAGAUGCAGAGAAUUAUCCCCCUAGACAGAGUUGUAGCAAUACAUCAUCAGAUUGCAGAAUGGUAAUGUUGAGAGGUGAAGGUGAUUGGGCUGCAGAUCGAGGAUCAGAUGCUGCAGAAGCAGGGACUAGUUAUGCAAGCUCUGGCACAACAGAAGAAGCUGGUGGAAUUUCUGCUUCAUUACCACCUCCACCACCACCAUCAGAUGAAAUGGGGAGCAAGUUUCAGAAUAACACUGGACCCAUUGUUCCUGAGAGUUUUGAGGAGCAGAUGAUGUUGGCCAUGGCUGUUUCUCUUGCAGACGCUCAAGCUGUGACCGGUGGAACUGGAAAUGCAUGGCAAUAGUUUUUAGGGUCAGGCUACAGAAUCCCAAACAACUUAUACCAGUUAUGGCUUUUUAGGUGGCCGACUAUUGAGCUAGAAUGGGUGCGCAAAGUGGUGUAUGAAACUGGCUCAGAGGUCAAGGUAGUGAUAAUUCUCUUCUCUCUCCUUUGCACUUCCUAUCCCAUUCCCUUGUAUACUUGUUAAAGGAAAAUGUAGCGAGCAAAAGGUUGUUUGGUAAUAGCAUCCACGAUGGCUCAAAUUCUUUUACUUUAUGUAAACUUCUUUAGCAUGUUUGGAAGUCUUACGCUGGCAAAAUCUUUAUUUUUUGAUGCUCUUUAUAGUGAUAUUCUGCCUUGUUUUAUCCUGUCAGGAUGAGUUAGUAUGAGUUGAAUCGAUAUAUAUAUUAACCAAUGCUUUCAGUAAAACCAGUUGUUUAAAGUUACAGAACAAAAUGUUCUGUGGAGAUGUUUUAUAGCGCUGUAGAAAGCGCAAGUUUAAUGUUCUAUUGA